AUUAUUGUAAUCCGACAGAGGGUCUGGACGACACAUCGGAUGAGGACAGAGCAGCGGAGCCCAGCGGCCUGUAGCAGCUCAGCAGCGCCGUGAAGAGGAGAGAAAGUUCGGUAUGAUCUGACGGACCGACCGCUGUCUGCUCCUGAAGCCCGGACCCUCCUACAGCAGCACGGCAUUGGUCAGCGCGGAGCACAGCGAGGAGAGACAGCCAUCAUCUGAUAGUUUAGACUCAAACCCCCUCUCUCCCUUCCCUCUUCCUCCAGUCCGGCUCGGCUCGGCUCGGCUCGGUCUGCCUGUCUGCGGAGAGGAGCGCUGCCGCUGACACUCAGCUAGCUAGCGCGGCUAGCUCACCCCAGCUAGCCAGCUAGCUAGGAAGGAAUUCAUCAAGUUUAGUUCGGAAUUUAUUAAAUUCUUCGACCUCUCAGCCAACACGGAGGGAGGAUGUCGGCGAAAGACCAAAACAAACUCUCCACCAUUGAGCGACCCAUUAAAGCGGUGCCAUAUCCUCCCGGUAAUCGCCUGUCGGUCAAAGACCUGUACGUGGACGGGAGGCCCAGCGUGGAGCAGCUGAAGGCCCAUCUGGUGAAGGAGGGUCGGCUGGAGGAGGAGGCGGCUCUACGGAUCAUCAACGAGGGAGCGGCCAUCCUCCGCCAGGAGAAAUGUAUGCUGGAGGUGGAGGCCCCCAUCACAGUGUGUGGAGACGUCCACGGUCAGUUCUUCGACCUGAUGAAACUCUUCGAGGUGGGCGGCUCUCCCAGCAGCACCCGCUAUCUGUUCCUGGGCGACUACGUGGACCGAGGGUACUUCAGCAUCGAGUGUGUUCUGUACCUUUGGGCUCUGAAGAUCAACCACCCCAACACGCUCUUCCUGCUCAGAGGAAACCACGAGUGCCGGCAUCUUACAGAGUACUUCACCUUCAAACAGGAGUGUAAAAUAAAGUACUCUGAGCGCGUGUACGACGCCUGUAUGGAUGCGUUUGACUGCCUCCCUCUGGCUGCUCUCCUCAACCAGCAGUUCCUCUGCGUGCACGGAGGCCUGAGCCCUGAGGUCACCUGUCUGGACGACAUACGGAAGCUGGACCGGUUCAAAGAACCUCCUGCAUUUGGUCCGAUGUGCGACCUGCUGUGGUCGGACCCAGGUGAGGACUACGGCUCAGAGAAAACCCAGGAACACUUCUGCCACAACAGUGUGAGAGGCUGCUCUUAUUUCUACAGUUACCCGGCAGUUUGUGACUUCCUGAUGAACAAUAAUCUGUUGUCUAUUAUACGAGCACAUGAAGCCCAGGAUGCAGGGUAUCGAAUGUACAGGAAAAGUCAGACAACAGGCUUCCCUUCUUUAAUCACAAUCUUCUCUGCUCCCAACUACCUGGAUGUGUACAAUAACAAAGCCGCGGUGCUGAAAUAUGAGAAUAAUGUGAUGAACAUCCGGCAGUUUAACUGCUCCCCUCACCCCUACUGGCUGCCCAACUUCAUGGACGUGUUCACCUGGUCUCUGCCCUUCGUCGGGGAGAAAGUGACAGAGAUGCUGGUGAAUGUGUUGAACAUCUGCUCUGACGACGAGCUGAUGUCAGAAGGAGACGACACCUGUGAGGGUGGAGCUCCAGCCGUCAGAAAGGAGGUGAUCAGGAAUAAGAUCCGGGCCAUCGGGAAGAUGGCUCGAGUCUUCUCCGUCCUCAGAGAGGAGAACGAGAGCGUGCUGCAGCUGAAGGGCCUGACCCCGACAGGAACGCUGCCUCUGGGAGUUUUGUCAGGAGGUCGGCGAACUUUGCAAAGCGCCACCGUAGAGGCAGAAGAGGCACGAGCGAUCCAAGGCUUCAACCCGCAGCACAAGAUCCAGAGCUUCGAGGAGGCCCGAGGUCUGGACCGCAUCAACGAGAGGAUGCCCCCACGCCGGGACAGCAAGCAGCAAGAGGCAGCCCCCUCCCUCAACAACCUGCCAGCCAGCACCGGACCCCCCGACAAGAAUGGCACCAACGCACAGGCCUAAACCCUGCCCUCUUCACCGCUCUUUCUCCUUCCCUUUAUCUCUUCUUCUUCCUCCUCUUCCUCUCCUCCAUCUCUCCCUUCUUCCUUCCUUCCUUGCUUCCUUCCCUUCCCCUCUUGUCUCCUUUACGAGCAGGAGAAGAGGCAGUUCAGUCGGAGCGGCUCUCACCACGCUUAAUUUAUUUUAUCAUCGAUUAAAUAUCAUCAUUUAAGACUGAACAGGAGAAAAUCUCAAACGCACACGCGACCAGGACUUUUGCGAACUGGGAGGCGACGCCUUCCUGUCCGUCAGCGUUUUCGUUCUGUGUCGAGGGAGGAAGUGGCGCUCAUUCAAACGCUGUGUUCGUGCCCACACAGAGUCAGAUCCAUCCUUUCUUAUGCCAAUGAUAGUGUGACUGAGCUCUCAGGAGCUAGUAUUGACAUUUAUAUUAUAUAUGUAUAUUUUAAUGUUCCCUCUUUUCAAUGUGAUGUUUUUUUUUUUACAACAUAGAUUUAGGCUUAAUUAUCCAAAAUGGGGGGUUAAUAAUAAAGGGGAGGAAUUAAAGGGUUAUUUUGCUUUAUUAUAACUCAGAUUUUGAGUGCAGUAAUUAAAAAAUCUUGACUCUUGGUGCAGCAAGCUCCAGAAAGAGUUUAUAAGUGGACCAUGAGUUUAGAUUUAUAUAUAUAUAAAUAUAUAUAUAUAAUAUGGCUGUUAUUUCUUUACUUCUGGUGAUGUUAAGCUCAACAAAUAAAACCUGAGACAACAAUAAAUCAAAACUAGACUGGUUGAUGGACGCCAGGGGUCAUGUUGGAAACAAGCCACUGGAUUAGAUCAGAAUUACUUUAGUAAUCCUGCAGGGUAUUUGGUAGAUGUAUCCCAACACAUGAUAAUAAUAAGGAAUUAUUGCAUAAAUUACCUUCUGAGACUUUCAGGUUCAUCAAAGUUUAAAAGGAGUAAAUAUCAGAGAUGUACCUCCUGUUUAACCAUGAAUGUUUAGGGGGCGCUAGAGGCCUAGUCGUUAUAUUGACCAGCCCCAUGUUUUAAGGCUGUUGUCCCUGAAGCGUCUAAAACUGGAUAUCCCACUUUUCCUCAUCUAUUUCCCAAGUCAAGUCAAAUCAAAGAGCUCUUGGAUGCAUCCCUAGCCUAGUGAAUCCAUUUGAGCUACCCAUGUUCUGAGGCUGUUGUCCUUGGGGUGGGUAGUCCAGGUCCAAAUCUGGCCUCUAGGUCCUUUCACGUCAUUCAGCCCUCUCUCUACGCCAGAUUUUACCCCCAACCAGUCUGUCCUCUAAAAAGAAGCACAACAGCUACAAUAUAAUCUUAACUGUGCAUUCAUAUUAAUUUCUGGCUGCUUCAUGAGCAAAAUAGUAAAUGUAUUUGACUCUACGAGGCAUGUGCUACCAAAGGGAACCCUCCGUAGGCGCUCUAGGGCCAUAAACAACUACCUGUGGGAUGUAAUGAAAGAUUUGCAAGCUUUUUAACCUGAUCCACAGCCGUCACCAUAUUGAAAACGACUCAAAUAAAAGCCUGUAUGAAAUGCAUCAAAUCUUUGUUGUUGUAGCCUACACCAUCAUCAGCACUUUCCUGGUCCUGCCGCUACAUUUCCUGCUUGUUUUUGUGCUGGACGAUGGCGAUUAAAACCAAGCAUACAUUAGAACACAAAUACCAAUGACAUUGGUGUAUGGUAAACCCUUGCUCCUCGCCGGUUCCUCCCACUUUUCCAAAAGUUGCCAACUAUGGUCUACUGUUUGGCAAAAAUGUAGAGGGGUAAGCCCCAACAUCCCCAGCUUCACAAACAUUCUAUCCUGUGACUUUAAAAAUGAUGUCAUCAAAGCUUAUGAAACAUUCCAUCCUUUGCGUUUGAUGAUGUCAUCCUUUUAAAGUAAUAGUCUUCAGAUGAUGAUGUCAUCAAAGCUUAUAAAACAUUCAGUCUAAUCUAACCAGUGCCCCACAGGUUAUUUCUUAAUAGCAUAUCAGUGAUUCUAUUUAAAGCAUAUGUAUGACAAAAAGGAAGAAAAGCGGUUAAAGAGGCUCAGCUAGCCUCUUAGCUCAGUCCUAGACUCUUCUAGACUCCCUUCAUCUGUCUAGACCUGUUGUAGGAGGUCUAAAGUCACCUUCACUCCAACUCUGUUAAAAAUCACUAUUUUGUCAAGUGUAGGGAUCGUAGCCCUUGGAUGUAGGAAUAUGCAGGUCCAUAACGGACUAACUUUCCUCCAUUCACAUUGAUUCCUCACUGCUGUUCAUCACUUCCUGCCCCCUGUCUGACUUUUGCGGAUCAUCGUAAUCACAUGACCGCAAACACGGCCUGUACUUUUGGUUGUGGUGUUGACUUUAAGGGUCAGACCUUUUCUCAUUUUUGACUCUGAGAUCAAUCAAUUUGUCCAACAGCUCUUCAUCCUCUGACCAGUAGAAUAUCUCCUCUUUGGUUCAGAAGUCUGGGAAAGUAGCUGACAUUUUAAAUUGAUUAGACAUAAAAUUGACCACCAAAACAGUGGACAUGGAGUUACCAACUCUGGCCAGUUGUUUGAGGGUUUCCCUCACUACUUGCCAGUUCCACCAGCUUUUUCUAAAAGUUGCCAACUAUUUGGCAAAAAUGGAGGGGAAAAGCCCCCAACAUCCCCAGCUUCACGAACAUUCCAUCUUCAUCCUUUGAUGUCAUCCUUUAAAGUUUAGAAAACAUUCUUUCC